UCCGCAGUGACACUUGCGAAAACAGCUGUUGAACAGAAUUUAUACAGAAAUUCAAAGUUGUUCGGCAGUUAUAUUGGUUUUAAAUCACUUUAUUUACAAAUCAAGCUUUCCAGUUUUCUUGUGUUCGUUCGUUCUCUUGCAGUGCGCCAUAAUGGAUGAGGACGACCAGCCCAGCACUAGCAGCGCCAGCGUCAACGUAAACAUAGACGAAUACAUAGACAAUGAUCUGGACGAUGAGGAACUUGUAUUGAAUGAUGAGGCUGCUGAAAUCGCACGCCUGCAACUGCCCGAGGAGGAUGAGAAUCCAAAGGAGGAGCUCGAUCCGAAGGAGCGGGAUGAGCGCAUUGCCAAGAUUGACUUUCGCUGCUCUGCCUGCGACAUGCACGAACUCGUACACUACUUUGGACGGGAGCCGCCCUUUGCGUUGGGCAUCAAAUACCUCGAGGAUACAUUUGUGAUGCGCGAUCCCUUCCAGCCGCCGCCGCCACGCUGGCAGAUGAAGCCCGAGUACUUUAUUGCCAUCGGCUCCCAUUGCAGCAGAUGCUCAAAAGUGGUGUGCAAGGAUGCUACCUGCAGCUACUACUACACAAAGACCGUUUGCCUGCCCUGUGGCAAGGUCGAGCUAAAGGAUUGGCCCGUGGAGGCCCAGUCGCGUUUUCGCAAACAGCUGGCUGCCAACGAAGCCGACCAGGACAAGUAGACGGGCUCUGGGUAUUGGGAAUUAUGCAUUUAUUAAGGCUAAGAUUGGUCUAUGGCCUGAAGGUUAGCAUUUGUGAAGUGCGGGACGGUGGGGUUAAUAACGUCUAAUGUUUGUGCUGUAAAUUUGAGUGACUAAAAAAUAAACAAACAGUUGAAUAGA